AUGUCGGACGACGCGGAAACGAAGGAGACCCCCCCAGAGCAAGGACAGCCGGGAGAUGAGCAGCCCCAGGGGGAGUCGGAGAAGCAGCAGGAGCAGCCGCAGCCGUCGCCCCCCCAGAGCCCCCCAGCCCCGAAGGCCCCGGAAUCGCCCAUGAUGGUGACAGUGACGAUUGAGGAGCAGACCACCGUGGAGGGACUGCAGGAGAACGGGGAUCCCGUGGGGAUGAGGGUGGGCUCGGCCGAGGAGUUGGGGAGCACCCCGGUGCCCCCCACCAGCCCCCCCGCUCGCUCCAAAUCCGCCUCGCUGAAUGACCUGAAGCCCCAGAACAGCAUCAACGGCGGGGCGCGGGCCGUCGUGCGGAGCAGCCUGUCCGGGUCCCAGGUCCAGCUGGCGGGAGCGGUCGGAUCCCCACGGGCCAGCCUGAGCCGGCAGCCCUCCACAACAGGCUCCACGGCUGGCGAGGCCGGGGAGAAGCCCAGGGACUACAUUUUCAUUGCGGCCCUCUCCUGCUUCUGCCCCAUCUGGCCUAUCAACAUCGUUGCCUUCGUGAACUCGGUCAUGUCCCGGAACAGCUUCCAGCAAGGAGACAUUGAUGGAGCGCGGCGCCUGGGAAGGGUAGCAAAACUGCUGAGCGUUGUCGCGCUAGUUGGGGGUGUGCUCAUCAUUGUGACCUCUUGCGCCAUCAACUUUGGAUCACUGAAUUUUAGACUCAAGUGA